UCCUGCGCAGAGGGAGGCAGCGACAGCGGCGCGCCGAGCCGAGCCGUUAGGAGGCAGGCAGAGCAGCCUGCCGGCUGCCUCCCACCAGCCAAAGCUCCGUCCUGCUGCUGGGAGGCUGCUCACGUGAGCCAGCCGGAGCCCAGCUGUUACCUGGAGACAGGCCGUCGCCUUCGCUGCUUUGCAUUUGCAGCAGCCGUCCGGAAAUUCCGAGGGGAGCGCAGCUCGAGGAGCGACCCGCAAGGAUGGCUCUGGCACCUCCCAGCUACUGUUUUGUUGCAUUUCCACCAGGUACUAAAGAUAGUCUUGUUGUGUUUGGAAAAAAUUCUGCACGGCCCAGGGAUGAGGUACAGGAGGUAGUUUACUUUGCUGCUGCUACUCAUGAUCUGGGAUGUAAAGUUGAGUGCACGUAUAUUGAGAUUGACCAGGUUCCCAAGACUCAUGCAGUUGCACUGAGUAGACCUUCGUGGCUAUGGGGGGCAGAAAUGGGAGCCAAUGAAUAUGGAGUCUGCAUUGCAAACGAAGCUGUCAUCGCCAAAGAGCCAGCCUGUGAAACCGAAGCACUCCUAGGAAUGGAUCUUGUCAGGCUUGGUCUAGAAAGGGCUGCAACAGCUCAAGAAGCCUUGGAUGUGAUUAUCUCUCUGUUGGAAGAGCAUGGUCAAGGUGGAAAUUAUUAUGAAGAUGGGAGUGCAUGCCAUGCCUUCCAGAGCGCAUACCUGAUAGUGGACAGAAAAGAAGCUUGGGUACUAGAGACUAUUGGGAAAUACUGGGCAGCAGAAAAAAUUACAGAGGGAAUAAAAUGCAUUUGUAACCAACUUUCCUUAACCACAAAAAUUGAUGCUGAACAUCCUGAGCUUAAGAGUUAUGCAGAAAGUCAAGGAUGGUGGACUGCAAAUACAGAAUUCAAUUUUGCUCACGUAUUUUCUCAAGCCAAUAAUCAUUCAGAUUGUUGUUUAGGAAAGGAAAGCCUAGAAAAACAAGAAGGUGAUAUCACUGUGCAAAUGAUGAUUGACACCUUGCGUGAUAAGGCUGGUGGUGUCUGUGUGGAUUCUGAAUAUUUUCUUACUACAGCAAGUAUGGCAUCUGUAUUACCUCAGAAUCUCAACUCUCCUUGCAUCCAUUACUUCACUGGUACACCAGACCCAUCAAGGUCCAUAUUUAAACCUUUUAUCUUUGUUGAUGAUGUGAAAUUGGUACCAAAAGUUCGAUCACCCAUAUUUGGUAGUGAUGAUCCUGUGAAAAAGAUUCCUCGGUUCCAGGAGAAACCAGACCGCAGGCAUGAGCUGUACAAGGCGCACGAAUGGGCCCAUUCAAUAAUAGAGAGUGAUCAGGCUAAAGGUCAGAAGCUGAGAAGAACUAUGUUAGACCUUGAAAAACAAGGUUUGGAAGCUAUGGAAAGUAUCCUUUCCAGCUCAGAGGUUCUUAGUCCUUCUGAAGUAGAGGACCUUUUCUAUGACUGUGUUGAUACAGAAAUUAAGUUCCUCAAAUGAAUGACCAUAGACGCUGUUAGCCUUUACAUAAGAUGACCAUGAAGUUCUUCAGGCCUUGAAAGAUAAUCUUGCCAUAUUGCCGAAUAUGGAGGAAAUCCAUCAUCUUUUUAGAGAGAUGUUCCUCAGUAGAUAUCCAGUUAACACAUUCCUUUCCCUUUUUUCAUCAUGUGGUGUCCUAUGUGUGUGUGUUGUCAAAGGAGAAAGUUCAGUUACUGUAUGCAUGCUGGCUAAUGUAAUGCAGAAUGUUUUUAUUUGUUUGGGCAACAGAAUUCAAAUAAUGGCUAACCAGAGUCCAUAUAUUUCUCAACACUGCCUUUCAAAUUAAACAAGUCCCUGGGAUAGCUUCCCCUCAAGUUCUAAGGAACAAUGUACCAGUUGCAAAGGGGAAAUGUACCAAAUAUAUGUGUGUGUUCUAAUAGAGUCAGUUUUGUUACUAAGAAGUAAGUUGAAAAAACAGCCUUGGUUAUGGUAUUGUCUAUGAAUUUUCAUACAUGAACAGAGCUUUGUAUCAUGUAGCUUGCAGCAGUGGAACACUUGAUUCUGGCAAUUAGAGUUAGGCAUAUUGAGCUCUAUGCUACCUUCAUAUGCAUAUUAUGGGAAAGCAGUUGUUGUCUCACUUGCCCUCAUUCCUUCUCCAUCCACCAUACUGCAGUUGGUGCAGGUUAUGUUUAUAUAAUCCAUUUCCCCUAAAGGCUAUUUGUGAGUAGCAUGUCAGUGCAGUGACUGCAAACUGGCAUGAGCAUUAACUGCAAAUUUGCUGUUGAAGAAAAUGUCAAGGACAAUAGUUUGGCAAUAGUUAAAGGCAAAGUCUUUUGAGAUCACCAGAAUAUCUAUAGAUGCUUCCUACUUGUUACUACAGCGGAAUAAAGCUGAACAGACAUAACACAUUGAGGAAAUGUAUUUGUAACUAUCCUCUUUCUGGUCAGGCUUCAGAAAAAUAAGGUCUAGCUCCCAUGUUAUUGCUCCCCACGUGGAAGCUGGUAGAGCCCCAGUUUGAAAGCUGUUCAGCACAUGGAUUCCCUGCUGGAAUAGGGGAUCUCCACACAAAUGCUGCCUCUAUUACAGAGGCUUCUUCAUAUGAACCAAGGUAAUCCACAAAGUGCUCUAAAACAUUAGAGCUUUGCAAAGUGAUGCUAAUCCUGUAAAAGUGUUUCUAUCACUUCCAUGUGGUAACUGUAUGCUUGAACUGGUUGUCAGACACAUGUCAAAGGCAGAGAUAAGCCAAAAGUGUUUGCUCUGUGGUGAGCUUAUUAUCCCUAUAAUUCCAGUAGCUUAUUUUUGAGAAGGCAAUGCCCACAAAUGAACUUUUAUCAAAAAAGCGCCAUACUUUUCCAGAAGCACCAAAUCAUAUUUAACUUUGAGGGUAUAAUCCCAGCAGACUUGCUUGUAAAUUUCAUUCAAGUCACGAGGUCUUGUUUUCAAUUGAUAUUUUCUGGGGUUCUCGGUGGGGUUGAAAAGUAGCUGCAACUCAAACAAGUUUGCUAACAAAGACAAGAUGUUAUAGGCAUGCAAGAGUGCCCAUCUCUUAGUAUUGCUUCAUGGGGCCCCCAUCCCUGCUACUGCAUUCCUGGAUCAACUGUCUCUCUUUCUGAAGUUCGUUUAAAAUCAGAACAUCCAGACACCUGAUCCCAGUCCAGCUAACCAGUUAUAACCAGGAAACCAUGUAUAUUGAUUGGGUAAACCCUCAAAUGACCAAGUUCCAGUUUACACGAUAUGAUUUGCAGAACUGGAGUGCUUCCUCAAGUUGCUUUUGUCCCUUAUGUGUGCAAAUGAACUUUCUGAUAGUUUCUAUUAGCAUAGAGUAAUGACAAGUAUUCAGACAAUGGCUGACAUUCUGCACACUGUUCCUGCUGCCUUGUAAUGGAACAUGCAUACAAUUGUGCAAGAGCACUCGUGUGCAAAAUACAAGAAUUGUGCAAAUACAGCUGUGCAAUGGACAACCAUUAUUUCCAGGGGCUGUGUUUGUGAAAUCCAUUUUGUGCAAGAGUACUCUUGUGCAACAGUGCACACUUACCAUUAUAAGGCAGGUGAAAUGUUGCAUAGAAUGUCAGCCAAUAUAUUUGCUCUUGCUUUUAGAUGUGAGAGCCACUUUGUAGACCUGUGCUGUUGUCUUUAAAUUAAAAUGGCUGGGAUCCAAAGAGCUACAGUGUGCUCAAGAGCUUGGGCAUAUCAAAUGGGAUGUUGGGCUUCUUUGUCUUUUAACAGCAGAUCCCUUAGUUUCAAAGUAGCUUGCCCUGUGGCAUGGAGGAUCCUGCUGUUGAGAAACAUAAGUUCAAAGCCCCCUUGAGAACGCUUGCUGAGCUAACUUUAAUGCUGUUUGGAGCCCAGUCAACUUAUAAAUUGGCUCUCAAAAGCUAAUGAGGAUAAUGCUAUGCCAUUCAAAACAUACUGAAAGUCCUAAACAUUUAUAGCUUUGCAUUUCCUGACUGUCCAUAUAGUUUACCUCACUUAUUGUUUCAAGGGAAGUGUAAAUGGUCAGAAUUUUGCCCAAAUAUUUUUAGUUUUGCAACACACAAUUUCAGAGAUUAAAGUGUUGUGGUUCUUUCUAAAUCAGUUGCUGCAGCACAUCUGAUCUAUUUCCAAUGCAACUAUUGAAAAAAUGUAGUUGGAAGAAUUUGUGACCCUCCCACAUCAUUCAUCAAAGCUUAAAAAAAGAUGUUUGUAGCUAAUACAAUGCAGCCAGGUAAGAGAAAUUUUGUAACUGUGAAAUGUCCCUGACAAACUUGAAAUAUAAAAAGGAGCAUAGGGGAAUCCCUUUUGGCAGAAUAGAAAAGGUGUGGCUAGCGACGAUCCGUUGCCUCUAUAGUUACUAAGCAAUACAGUCAUCCCUUGCCAACCGCGAGGGUUCCUUUGCGGGAAAACCUCACGGUUGGCGAAUUCGCUGUAAAUGAGCCAUUGAAAUCAAUGGCAAAUGGGGUUAGGGCAGGGGUGCACAACUCAAAUGUCCCAGUGGGCCAGAAACAACCAUGAUGAUGUAUGCGGAGGCCAAAGUCAAUUUUCAGCGCAUUGAUUAUUGCAGUAAAAUUAAUUAUGAAGAUUAAUUUUAAAGUAAUUACUAGUUAGUUGUGGGUCUUUCGCUCCCCCCCCAUAAUUUUAACCAAGGAUAGUGGCCAGAAAAUAAGCCCUGUCCUUGUUCAGUCAGUAGGCACCUGACUGUUCUAGCCCCACACAAAUGCCAAAUUUGGGGGCUCCCACUGUUGCUGGCUACCUGGGCCAUCAAAAGUGUCUCUGCGGGCCAGAUCCGGCCCCCAGGCCUUAUGUUGUGCAGGGCUGGGUUAGGGGAAUCAUGGUUGCAAAAAGACCAAACAAAUACAGUAAAAAAUAGAAAAUAAAUGCCCCCAAAUCACCAGGAGUCAGGAGUGGACUCCCCAAAAUGACCCCCAACCCCUGGAAGUGACCCCUGACCCCCCCCAAAUUGUGACCAUCCCAAUUUGGGGGAGAGAAAAAAAACACCUCACCAAACCACAGAGACUCAGGUUGCUGUUGGUGUGACCUGCCACAAUUUCCCAGUCGCAGAUACUCAAAUCUGCAAUUGGGAAACCUGCAGUUGGCGAGGGAUGAUGGUAUUUCAUUUGAAUAUCAAUAAGGUGAGCAAUAGUUUUCAUUGUGCCUUUUUGCAUUGUGUUUAGGACUCUGUGACAAUUGCUUAUAGAUCAAGAAGUAACAUAAUUGUAGUAUGAGAAAACAGAAGUGUGAAAUGUCUAUACUUUGUUUAUUCACUUUAUAGGAAAACAAGAAUAUUGGUUCACUGGCAUUAUGAAAUUUAAAAUUUCUGUAUAGCUUACUGAGGAAAAAAUGUAAUACACUCCCAGUUCUUUUGUCUUGAUCUAUUUUCUUUGUGUGAUUUGCUUUUUGUCAAUAUUCUCUAUAUACAGCAGAUACAGAAAGUGAAAAUCAAAUUGAGCUUGCUCUUAAUUGAAAUUUAUAUUGUCUUUGAUGAUGAUUGCUGGGAAUAUUUUCUUCUGCUCUAAACAAAGAAAAAAGCCAUGCGGACAUAACUAGCAAGAAAAUAUCAAAUUCUACAACCUAUAGUGCUAGUCUUCUGUCUAGUUCAGAACAGUUGGGGUUUGAUUCCACACAGAGAGUUUUCCACUAUGAAGUCAGCCUCGUCAUCACAGCAUUCUCUAGUGCUGCUAUAUGCUGAAAUGUUAAGAUCCAUGUAAAUGAGGUUUUUGAAGCACUGCAGGGCAAUUGAGGAGAGUGUAUUGUAGAAUCCAGAGGAAAGAGUUGUGGUAUGCAAGGACAAGACAGUGGAGAGAGAUAUUAUUUACAGAGAGGCAAGUGCAGUUGGCCUUCAGUGCUCUUGAUGCUGGCUGUUUGUUAGCCCCACCUCUACUCCAGGACUGGAAUAAAAGUAACUAAAGCAGGAUUCAAAAGCUGGCCUGGAUCAAUGAACGCAUUAACCAAAAACACCACAUGUAUCAGCAAGUGCACCAAUAAGCUUAAUGGGAUGGUUCUAUUGCCUGUGUUUUGAUGAAAAAGAGACCCAUAUGUGAGAGCCUCAGACUGAGGCUCAAGCUUCUAUGCUGGAUGUUCCGAUCUCCAUAGAAUAUGCUGAGCAGAUGCAAGUCCAAGUGUCUCAUUACUAGUGGUGAGUCCGAACCGGUCCAGUGGCCAUUCUAAGGAAUGGCCGAACUGCCGGACCGGUUCGGCUCUUGGUGGUUCGGAUCCGGGUGGGGGGUAUGACUUUAAGGGCG